GACAUUAAGAAGGUUAAGGAGUGGAAGAAGAGGAAAAGACAAGUGUUGGAGAUGAAUGCAGUGCAAGUUUUUCUGGGAGCAAUUUUGGUGGUGUUGGUAUAUCUUUUCAAUGUUAUGGUGUUGAGGCCAAGAUCACUGAGAGCAAAGCUUCACAGGCAAGGGAUUCAUGGUCCUUCUCCUCACUUCUACUUUGGCAACAUCCCAGAAAUGAAGACAAUUUUACUCCAAUCUCACUCAACACAAGGCAAAGACAAAGACAAAGACAGGGAUAUUGUAUCUGUUUCUCACAACUUGACUUCCACUCUAUUCCCUCACAUUCAAAAGUGGAGAAACCAAUAUGGUCCCAUGUACUUGUUUUCUUCAGGGAGUAUUCAGUGGUUAUUGGUGUCAGAUAUAGAGAUGGUAAAGGAAAUCCUCAUGAACACCUCUUUAGAUCUAGGGAAGCCUUCUUAUCUGUCCAAGGAUAUGGGGCCACUCUUAGGAGAAGGUAUAUUGUCUUCAAGUGGAACAAUUUGGGCUCAUCAGAGGAAGAUAAUUGCCCCUGAACUUUACCUAGACAAGGUGAAGGCAAUGGUUAAUCUGAUAGUUGACUCCACAAAUACAAAACUAAGAUCUUGGGAGGCUAGACUAGAAAGUAAGGGAGUGGUUUCAGAGAUUAGAGUUGAUGAAGAUCUGCGUAGCUUGUCGGCCGACAUAAUCGCAAGAACUUGUUUUGGGAGCAACUAUACUGAAGGAAAAGAAAUAUUCACAAUGCUUAGAGAUCUUCAAAAAAUCCUUUCCAAUAAGCAUGCCGGAAUUCCAGGCUUUAGAUACUUGCCAAACAAAAGCAACAGACAGAUGUGGAAAUUAGAGAAAGAGAUAAACUCAAAGAUAUCAAAGCUUAUAAAACAACGCCAGGAGGAAACUCAUGAUGAGCAGGACCUCUUACAAAUGAUACUUGAGGGUGCAAAGAAUUAUGAGGUCAGUGAUGGCCUCUUAUCAAAUUCUGUCUCGCGUGAAAGGUUUAUGGUAGAUAACUGCAAAAACAUAUUCUUUGCUGGACAUGAGACUACUGCAACUACAGCAUCAUGGUGCUUAAUGCUUCUAGCUUCAAACCAAGAUUGGCAAGAUCUUGCCCGUGCUGAGGUGCUUGAAGUUUGUGGAAAUGGUGAUCCUGAUGCAAGCAUGCUUAGAAAUAUGAAAACGUCUAUAAAAAUGUUGCACCUGCAUCUAACCAUGGUGAUUCAAGAGACCCUGAGGCUUUAUCCACCAGCAGUAUUUGUCAUUAGAACAGCUCUCAAGGACAUAAAUUUAAAAGGUAUCCUAAUUCCGAAAGGAAUGAACAUUCAGAUUCCAAUCCCAGUUCUGCAGCAAGAUCCUCAGCUCUGGGGACCUGAUGCCUACAAAUUCAACCCAGAAAGAUUUGCAAAUGGGGUGCUGGGCGCCUGCAAGAGUCCACUAGCUUACAUGCCAUUCGGACAAGGUGCUCGUGUAUGCGCGGGGCAACAUUUAGCCAUGGCAGAACUGAAGGUAAUUCUGUCUCUCAUUCUGCUGAAGUUUCGGUUCUCCCUCUCAUCGAGUUACAGCCAUUCGCCUGCAUUCCGCUUGGUUGUACAACCUGGCCAGGGAGUUGUUCUUAAAAUGUCAAAAAUUUAAGCAACAAUGAAACUAGAAGGCUUUCCCUUGUUGUUUGGGACCCCUCUAUUUUCCUUUUUUUUCUAUGUAUUUGUGGUUGGGAAGGUGGAUAUGAUGAUAAGACAAUAACUUUUCCUUCAAAUGAAUAAUGAGAUCAUAUGCAAUACUAUAA